AUGCCACCGAAGAAAAAAAAGAGCGGAAAAAAAGGGAAGAAGAGUGGAAAAUCUGGGCGUGGAUCACCUUCUAAAUCGUAUGGGGACGGUGUCAACGAAAUGUCGAAAGAUUUCGUAUUUAUGCAGAUUAGAGAUUUAGAACUUCAGCUAAUGAAGUACCAAGCUAAAGCGGAAGAACUGGAGAAAAACCAGAUUGUUCUGCAGGAAAAGCAUGAUGAGAUGGCUAGAGAGAACGCCGACAUAGAAAAGUUCUUUCAGGCUCAAGAUAACGAAAAAGAACAAGAAAAAGCUCUGAUCAUGGAAGAGAUAAACGGAGUACAAACGACACGGGAGGAAGAGAAGGAAUGGGCUAAUGGUCAGAUUGACCAGAUCCGACAGGACUUUCAGGACACGAAAGAGAGGCUUACCGCAGAGAAUAGCCUACUCAGUCAACAGCUGAAUGAGUUAGAAGAUUUCAAAUUGAAGAAAGAGGAACGAAUAGCUCAUGUGGCUGCCAUGGAGGAGCAUAUGAAACAGAGCGACGAGGACCAGAAGUACAUCAUUGAAAACAUCCGCUUAAAGGCAAUUGUUGAUAAAGACAGAUUGAAAAAGGAAAUGGUGGACCAGGUGAAUCAGAGAGCUGCAGACUUUAGAAAGGUAUCUAACAAACAAAUGGCAGACACAACAAAGCGAGCUAUCCGAGAGAAUGUGUCGAUACGAGGGGAGAUAAUUCAGACGUCAGACAAAACUAUCGAGUUAAUGGCAGAAAAUGCCGAGGUUCGCGCACGUGUAGCUGAACAGGAAGAACGAAUAAAAAUGUUGGAAGAAAGAGAAAAAGAUCUUGCAAAGAACAACAGUAGCAGUACAAAGAUAAUAAAAAUGCUGAAAGGCAGAAGUCAACACAUGAAGGAAUUACUGGAAGAAAUGGAAAUGAGAGACCACGCCUUCCAGGACCUUGAUGGAGAUCGGGCUAUCUUAGUUCCCCAAGUAGAAGCCCAGAGGUUACACAAAGAACAACUUAUCCGAGACAAUAAGCGACUACGUGAGGAGAUACGAGACGUGAAAGGAAAACUGAGGAAGGAGAACCGAGAGAUGAUGAAAUUAGGAGAGGUUCUCAGUAACGCUUCUAGUACCAUCAAAGAGGUGUUGGUGAAAGAAAAUAAUCCAGGAGUUGUUACCCCUGUAUACGGAAUGGAAGAGGAAAGUGAUACAGAUCGUAAAAACACUCUAUUGGAAGAAUUGCUUGGUAUGGUAACCAUGGUUACAACGCCGAAAUCUGGAAAAAGUAGUCAUGAUAGAUAUAGAAUACGUAAGAAGAGCGCCAGUGAAAUACCCGGCAAAAAAUCCUUGAAACGAGGAGCACUACCUGUGUCGCCAAUAGCCACAAAUGCAAAAGGUACACUGUUUCACUACCAGCCUGGGGACUUAGGUAUGGUACCUCGACCAGAAAUACCAAUACUUUCCAGUGUUGACAAAAUGCGAGUAAAGUCAGCCACAACCAGAUUAGGGGAACUCCGGAAGAUGCUCACAAACUCUGUAGCGGUACAGACUGUGAGCGCACCAAAGGCCUUGUACUAUGCUGAUCAUCUCAUCGACAAUAUUACCCCAAGACAACAACAAACCUUACUACACGAACAAGGACGGGAGCAUUCUCGUGAUCAGCUCCGGUCACGUGGAACGCCUUUAGGCAAUCUUGGCCCUGCCAGUCCGGCUAAAAGGAUGCUAUAUGGAAAGGGUCAUAAAGUGACAUGA